UUGACAUUUUAAUUUAACCUCAAUCAAAAUCCGAAAGAAUUGGUCGCCAUUACAGAUCAUCAUUAUAACAAUUUCGUAGUCUUAAAAGAAAUUGCUUGUGUCAAAUAAAGGCGCGUGAUUUGUUUGUUUUCAAUUUGAAAAAUUAAAUAGUAACAAGUGUUUUGGUGUAAUUACGAUGGCACCUCCAAAAAAGAUAGUCAGACGACAGCAGGAGGUAAUGAUAGAUUUCUUGGAGCAAAAUAUAGAUAUGGCCAAAGGCACUCCAGUGAGCUCUCCUAUAGCAACUGCGGCCAUGAAAGAGAAGUGGAUUAAACUCACAAGAAAGCUUAAUUCUGUUGAAGGAGGCGAUAAGAAGCCGGUCCAGGGUUGGAAAAGGUACUGGUUCACAUGGCGACACAGAUGCAGUAAGAAAGCUGAAAAUGUACACAAAAUUAAAACGGAAACUCCGAAAGAUCUGCACAGGUUUCUACCCCUCGACGAAAUUGAAGUGCGAGUGUUACAGUUGAAUCAGACGCGGAAAGUGAGACCCAUGCCAGUCGUCGAAUUUGUCAAACAACGAGAUUCAGAUUCAGACCAAGAGCAUGACCAGGAUCAGGAACAAACGCAACAGGUGUCAUGUGUUCAACAGCGCACUUUCCCUAUACAAGUUCAAUUAAAGGAAAUGAAUGAGAUAAAAAACAAAAGACUAACGACAGAUUAUAACUCCGGAUCAAAUUCUAACAGACCAACUUCACCACCGCCACCACAAUGGGCCUUAGAUUUAGAAGACCGCAGGAUAGGAGCUGAAGAACGUAUGGCUGAUGCUUUAGAAGUUAUCGCGAACACAAUGAGGAUGCAGGAAGAGAGGCGUAACAUGCUCGACGAACGAAUAGCCGACGCUUUGACGUCCAUUGCGGGCACCCUACAGGAAAUUAGCAGCAGUUCACAACACAAGAAUUCAAUGAACCAUUCUUCACAACCAGUGGAAGAUAAUGAAAUGAAAAAUGUAUUAUUUCUAUAAUUAAUUAGUAACUCAUAUAUGCACAGACUGACACAACUAUUGAUCGAUUGAAUAGUAAUAAUUGAACGUGCAUUGUCAGAUCUUCGAAUUUGAUGCGAAAUAUACAGAAGAGAAGAAUUAUAGAGAAGACACGCUAUUAAAAAAGGGUUUAUGAAUGAAAUAAGAAAACCUAAAGAAACAUGUUAGAUGAUUGAAAAAGGACUUGCCUGAAGAGAUCCAAUGGUUAAAAUGCAAGAUUUUUUAUCAUGGUAAAUGUAUGGUCCUGAUGAAAGAAAUGACUAUAGAAGACUUGGCGAACUGAAACUAACCAAGC